GUGUAAGAGACAGAAGGACAGGACUGAGAGCUGAGGGGUCACAGGCCUCUGCGGUUUUACUAGAAUGCAGCUUCAUACACGGAGAUGGUGUUUCAUGAAGAUUUUUAUUCUGUUUUCCUGAAUUCAGUUCCUAGGCUACAGUGGGAAAAUGCUUUUAAUUUCGGUGAAACUUGUUGGUGCCAGCAGUUUUCGUGUUUUUUUGUGUCGUAAGACUGCAUGUCUUGCUAAACCUGCAGUGAUACUGGCCCAGGAGGGAAAGGAGAAUAUUUCUAUUCAGGGCAUUUACACGUGAUGAGCAGUAAGACCUUUCCAUUACUGCCAGCAUAGAGAACGUUUUUAAAUUUCAGUGCAGCUGUGAUUGACGAGGACUGGGUAAAUGUGAACUGCGUGCUGAAAAGCAGGAGAAGCUUGUUUUGGCUGUUGAGCCUCCUUCAGGUGUGAGAGUAAGAUGGAACAGGCAUGGGUUUCAUUCUUAGUAUGUGUUUUUCUCAGUGUAGAAAGUGAAAGUGUCGUUGGUGUUUAGUGCCAGUCCUAGGCUUUGCGAAGAGAAAAAAGAAACUCACUACUUCCAAAUAAUUACCAUUUGUCAUCCACAUCAGUCCCAUCUGAUUUUGUCCUGGAAAAGCAUAUCAGAUCACUUUCUGCUGAAAUUGAACAGCUACAGAAUCCAGAGUCGCUGGGUGUCUCACCUCAUCUAGAAGAGUUAAGAGAAGAAAACGCAAAACUUAAAUACCGUCUGAAUAUCCUUAAAAGGAGCCUCCAGGAGGAGCAGAGGACGGGCGGCAGGAACAUGAUCAACAUCAACCAGCAACUGCAGGAGCUCUUCGAGGGCGCCAUUCGCGCAGCCUACCCCGACCUGGAGAACCCCCCCCUGGCAGUGACGCCCAGCCAGCAGCCCAAGUUCGGGGACUACCAGUGCAACAGCGCAAUGGGAAUGGCUCAGAUGAUGAAAGCAAAGGGUCAGAAGGUCAGCCCGCGGGAGAUCGCCGAGCAGAUCAUGAGGAACAUCCCAGAGAAUGACAUGACGCUGAAGCUGGAAAUUGCUGGACCAGGUUUCAUCAACGUUCACCUCAAGAAGAACUUUGUGUCCAAGCUGCUCUCCGACCUGCUGGUUAAUGGUGUGCAGCCACCUUCUAUAGAGGCCAGGAAAAAGGUGGUGGUGGACUUCUCCUCUCCUAACAUUGCCAAAGAGAUGCACGUGGGCCACCUUCGCUCCACCAUCAUUGGGGACAGCAUGUGUCGGCUCUUCGAGUUCCUGGGGCACGAUGUCCUGAGGCUGAACCAUGUGGGUGACUGGGGUACCCAGUUUGGAAUGCUGAUUGCUCACCUCCAGGACCAAUUCCCUGACUACCUCACCGCGUCUCCACCCAUAGGAGACCUCCAGGCCUUUUACAAAGAAUCCAAAAAACGUUUUGACAGUGAGGAGGACUUUAAGAAGAGGGCCUACCAGUGUGUAGUUAAGCUACAGAGCAAGGAGCCAGACUUCAUUAAAGCCUGGAAUUUGAUCUGCAAUGUCUCCAGACAAGAGUUUCAGAAGGUGUAUGACUGUUUGGGUAUCAAGCUGAUCGAAAGGGGGGAAUCCUACUACCAGGAUAUGAUGACAGAUGUGGUGAAGGAGUUUGAAGAAAAAGGUUUCGUUCAGCUGGAUGACGGCCGAAAGAUUGUGUUUGCUCCCGGUCAGUCUAUCCCCCUGACUGUUGUCAAAUCUGAUGGAGGCUACACCUAUGACACUUCAGACCUGGCAGCCCUUAAGCAGAGGCUGUUUGAAGAAAAGGCUGAUAUUAUCAUCUAUGUGACAGACAGUGGACAGGCGACGCAUUUCCAGGUGGUCUUCGCAGCCGCUCAGAUGAUCGGCUGGUACGACCCCAGAGUCACCCGAGUGGAGCACGCGGGGUUCGGAGUGGUCCUGGGAGAAGACAAGAAGAAGUUUAAGACGCGGUCAGGGGACACAGUCAGGCUGAUGGAUCUUCUGGAAGAAGGGCUGAAGAGAUCCAUGGAUAAGCUGAAGGAAAAGGAGAGGGACAAGGUGCUGACCCCGGAGGAGCUGGUAGCAGCCCAGGAGGCCGUUGCUUUUGGUUGCAUUAAGUACGCAGAUCUGUCGCACAACCGGAUCAACGACUACGUCUUCUCCUUCGACAAGAUGCUGGACGACAGAGGGAACACAGCCGCCUACCUGCUGUACGCCUUCACCAGGAUCAGAUCCAUCGCGCGGCUGGCCAACAUCGACGAGGCCGCGCUGCGCAGGGCCGCGGAGACCGCGGAGGUGGUCCUGGAGCACGAGAAGGAGUGGAAGCUGGGCAAGUGCAUCCUGCGGUUCCCCGAGAUCCUGCAGAAGAUCCUGGAGGACCUGCUGCUGCACACGCUGUGCGACUACCUGUACGAGCUGGCCACCACCUUCACCGAGUUCUACGACAACUGCUACUGCGUGGAGAAGGACAGGAAGACAGGUGAGGUGGUGAAGGUGAACAUGUGGCGGAUGCUGCUGUGCGAGGCGACGGCCUCCGUCAUGGCCAAGGGGUUCGACAUCCUGGGCCUGAAGCCGGUCCAGAGGAUGUAGCGACGCUGACGGGCCAGCGCACCAGAUCGAUGCCUCUGCCAUCCCUGUCACUUUCUAUUUUAUUGUGUCUUAAAUAAAGGAACAGCUUGGCACUGUA